AUGCCUGCUGCCGAGUGUCAGAGCAAGGACGGCGCCUACGUCGAGAUCCGAAGCUCGAUAUUUGUAAUCAACGGCUUCUACAUGGCUAUGCGCGAGAAGUACACGAAGCCCAGCGCGUCCAUUUACUACUACCUCGUCGAGUGGGACCCCGCGAAGCUCUCCUGGGGCGACUUCCGCGAGAAGGUGCUCGGAGGGACCGACCCAGCGAUGGCGGCCGACGGGAGCGCACGCAAGGAGAUCUUCGCAAAGUGGAAAGCGCUCGGCCUCGCGUCCGAGCCGAACGUCGGCGACAACGGGAUGCACGCGUCCGCCUCCCCCUUCGAGGCGAUGGCGGAGCGACUCAACUGGGUCGGCGCCAAGCUGGAGGAGGACGCGUUUGGCAAGGCGAUGCUGCAGGCGGGGAUCCCGCGGGCGACGAUCAUGGAGUGGACCAAGGACCCGCAGGUGGCCUUCGAGGGGAAGAAGCAGUCGCUCUUCGACCUGCUCGAGGACCUCGACUACGCCGACUGCCUCGCGAAGGCCCAGAAGAUCGCCGGCGUCAGCGGCAGCGUGCCGGCGGGCAAGAGCCAAGCCUUUGUCUUUGUCAAGCCGCACGCCGUCACCGACCCGGUCAAGGCGCUGGCCAAGGAGAAGCUCGCCGCCGCCGGCAUCACCAUCGCGGCCGAGGGCGCGCUCGCAGGACCGCAGAUCGCAAAGGACCUCCUCAUCGACAACCACUACCGGCUCGGCGUCGACGGCGACCAGAUGGACAAGCUGUGGGCAAAUGCAAAGAAGAGCGACAACCUGGUCAAGUUCGGGGGAGGCUUCUACGCGGGCAAGAUCCCGGCGCCGAUGCCGUCGCCCAAGAAGAAGAAGGGGCUCAUCACGCGCACGUCGGGCGACAUGAGCGUCUUCAGCUCGGGCGAGAGCGUGCUGGACGCCGUGUUUGGACCCGAGGGCGGCAAGAUGCUCUGA